AUGAAGUGGAAAUUGCAUGAGGAAUUUUUUCAUCCUCUUCUGUCCACGUUGGUCUGCAGUGAUGUAAAAGUGGCUGAUGAGAACUGCACCAAGGUGAUCCAGUUCACCUUCUCGGGACUCACAGAGCACCCAGAACUGCAGCCCGUCCUCUUCAUGCUCCUCCUGGGCACCUACGCGCUGACCUUAUCAGGAGACCUCGGCCUGAUCGCCCUCAUCAGGGUCAGCCCUCAGCUUCACCCCAUGUACUUCUUCCUCAGCAACUUGUCCUUCUUAGACAUUUGCUACUCUUUCACCAUCAUCCCCAAAAUGCUGCUGGACCUCACAGCAAAAAACUGCUGCCUCAUGCAGUUUUACUUCUAUGCUCGUUUUGCCACAGCUGAGAUUUACUUGCUGGCUGCCAUGGCCUAUGACUGGUAUGUGGCCAUCUCCAAGCCCCUGCUCCACAAGGCUGUCAUGUCUCCUCGUGUCUGCAUGAGCCUGGUCGCUGGGUCCUACCUUGCAGGGCUGCUGAACGCCAUUAUCCACACAAGCGCCUUGCUCCAGCUGUCCUUCUGCAGUCCCCUGGUCAUCAACAACGUGCCACUGCUCCUUGUUGUUGCCUCCACCGACAUGCACCUCAACGAGGGUUUAAUGUUUGUGUUUGUGGGUUUCAACAUGAUGACCACCAGCCUGCUCAUCCUCAUCUCCUACACCAGCAUCCUGGUGGUCAUGGGCAGGAUGGGCUCUGCUGCAAGCAGGUGCAAAGCCUGUUCCACCUGUGCCUCCCACCUGGCAGCCGUCAUCCUCUUCUGUGUGUCUGCCACUUUCAAGUACAUGCAGCCCAGUUCUUCAAACUCACUGGAGAGCAAGAAAAUCGCGUUCAUCUUUUACAUUAUAGUCCCCAUGCUGAACCCUAUGAUCUACAGCCUGAGAAACAGGGAGGUGAAGCAAGCCCUUAGUGGUUUUAUCAGGAGGAAAAUAUACUUCUGA